AUGCCGGCACAAAAUCCCGCGACGCCUCGGGAAUCUUCAAGCUUCUGGUUGUCCUUCGAAGGUCUGAACACUUCCACCCCAGGUGCACGGGACGAGGGGAGGCGGCACUUCUUCGCACUCGCACCAAGGCUCUGCAUCGAGGUCGUCCACCCCACGGAAACGCCCCUGUCGCUCCUGCGGAAUUCCGUGGAGUCGCUGGCCUCCGUAGGUGUUCUCGCAGGCUCCUCUUCUCAAAUCUCGCUGGCCGUGCGAUUGCAGGGCGGCUGCGGAGGUGUGUGGUCCAAUGACGAGGCCCCUGAGGGCUGGUACUUGGCCUGGCUCCGGCAACGCUUCCGUUGCACUCGGCUCUGUGGGGAUGAGGUGAAUGCUUGCCGGGAGGGCUCGUCCGGUGUCGUGCUCCUCGUUCACAGCUCUUGGCAUGCACUACCGUUCCGGCCCGAAACCUGGUGGUUGAUGCUGCAUCAAGCGGCGGCGCUACUCGCAGGCAAGCUUGGUGGGCCGCACAUCGCAGCCGUCUCCCUGAUGGAAAAGACACUGCAGGGAGCACAGGGUGCCUUGGGAUCCGGAGGCCGCGCCCUGAAAGCGCUGAACCGGCAGACCGAUGAAAGCGAUUGGAGGAAUCUGGUGUUGAGUGUUCCAGCAAUGUCUUCGAGCUGGAACCUGACCGAGGCUCAAGACAAGCUGUCCGGGAUUUACUACCUCUUUUCCGAAAAUGCUCGAGCCAAAUCAUGGUCAGGAGCACCACCCCCUAAGGGCAUCCAGCGGUGCACGCCCUCCUUGCCGAACCUGUGUGCACCGAAGUCCUGGUGGAAGGACUGGAUCCAAGACGUGUGGCUGCUCCCGUCUGCACAGUUGCAAUCGGCCGGCGGUCCUAAGGGAGGAGAGAGCUUCGUGGCUCUCUUUGACGGCCUCUUUUUGCCAGGCAGAGGGUUCAGCUAUGACCACGCCCCGUCCGCCCAGACAGCAUUGGGCAUACCGCCGUGCUACGCCUGUCAUCAAGUGAAACCAGCAAGCUCUGACUUCACAGUGUACAUCUCCGUGUUGGACGUGCUAGGCCCCUGUCGCGAGCUCUUUAGCAACAUCUUUAUGGAUGCGCUGGAGGCCUUGCAGCUCGCAUCCUUCCAGGGACCUCAGGUAGUGUUGGUCGAGCCUUUCAUCUGCAAUGCAGUUUGGCAGCGCUACGGAGAGCUGGAGGCGGCCGAGCUGCGCGCGAAAGCUUUGGCCGAAGGUCGGGGCUGGUCCAUCUACUCCAACUGGAAUCAGAAAACCGCUUGCGGGCUUCGCCACGGCAGCGUCACGGCCUUCGGAGCGCUCUUCGACUGGCCGGCGCUCACAUCCUGGUUGCAGGAGGUCCGUGGCAUUCGGGGCCAGAUUUCUUGGGAGGAAUUUCUUCGACGUACCGGUGGAAGAGUGGAUAUGCUGGCCAUGCAAGCUGAUCACCCCAACGAAGGUGGCCAAAGAGUGCCUUGUGGGGACUCCGACCAGCCAGAGGUCUUGCGUUUCUACGAGUCCAACUUGAAUAUCCAGCGCCGCGCCUGCGUACGCAACACGCAGCACAGCGAUGGCUUUGAGCUUCGCUUGUUGGAUGAAGGCCGGUUGGCAGAAGCUGUGCAGACAGCUGUCGCGCAGGCGAAGUCAUCAGGAAAUGCUUGGGCUUCUGUUGGUCUCUACCUCUACUGGGUCGAAGGUGCAGAAAGGGCACGCCUCCAUCCCGGUCGGUAUGGCUACCUAUCUGUCCACUCCUUUUACACUUCGAUUUGGCGCGGGCUUCGGUUUUCGCACUGGGUCUAUCAGCGGGCUGCAGAGCUUGCCAGGAAGCUGAAGCUCCGAGUUGGCAGCCGAGUUGGCUUCGAGUCUUUGGGGCGAAGUCCCUACAUGGCGGCUCAUUGGCGGAAGGGCGACUGGUUCCUGGGGCCGCACCCACGGAAGCUGGAGCAGGCUGCACUCGCGGAGGUGCCCGAGUUUGCGGCGAUGUUGAAAGAGCACCUCCUACGGCUCGGCCUAAGAAGGCUCUUUCUGAUGACGAACGCUCCAGCCACCGGCAAGGCCGUGAAAGAUUUGAGUCGCGAGCUUGCGGGCACGGCAGAGCUGGUUCUGGCGCCGCCGCUUCUCGGGGACAGCAACAGCCUGCGGCAGCUGUGUGUGGAGAUGGCAUUGGCCGCGGCCUCUGACUUCUUUAUAGCCUUUGGAGAUGGGCUCAUCCGUGGCCACGUCUCCAUGCCAUCUUUGCUGGUUAUGCAGAUGAGGCUGCAUGCGGAAUCCUGGCCUCUUCAGUCACAUGCCUUCUCCUUCGCUACCCCGGGCCAUUUUGAUGAGGACUGGCUUGGCCUCUGA